GAAAAUCAAGAGCCAACGAAGGAAAGAAGCAGCUAUUAAGAGAGUUGAUUUCAAGGAACGGGAAAGUAUAUCAAGAAGGACCCUGUGAAACAAAAAACAGCUUCUUUUGCAGAUAGAAAGAGAGAAAAAAAGAGGGAAAACCCCCCCAAAAAAAGAAAAUUAUGGUCACACUCUCUUGCUGCUCUUAUCUUCUUUUUCCUCUCUAUUAGAAAAGGGUUUAAAAUUUUUAUUCAAAAUCUGUUAUUGGUGGGAAGAAAUGGAGUUUGAGGAUCAAGAGGAACAAGAAGAAGAGAUGGGUUUGGCACCAAGUUAUGACUCGCUGGCAAACUCAUCUGGAGUCAAAAUGUCAGGUGUUGAACCGGGUUCAAUAACUCCAACCGGUCAGCAGCAACAGCAGCAGAGGAAGCCAAGGUAUAGAGAGUGUUUGAAGAACCACGCCGUGGGAAUCGGUGGUCAAGCUGUCGACGGUUGCGGUGAGUUCAUGCCGGCUGGAACUGAAGGUACCCUCGACGCUCUCAAAUGCGCAGCUUGUAACUGCCACCGUAACUUCCACCGUAAGGAAACGGAACAGGGUUCUCCGAACUCCAUCCCCACGACGGACCUCUACUUUCACCACCACCAGCCUCCGCAAUUCACACCUUACUUCAGAGCGCCGGCAGGGUACCUCCACUUGGCAGGACAGCAAAGGCCAUUAGCUUUACCGUCGACGUCAGGAGGUGGAGGAGGACACAGCAGGGAAGAUCAAGAGGAUGUUUCGAAUCAAGGGAGUUCAAGGAAGAGGUUUAGAACAAAGUUUACGCAGGAACAAAAGGAGAAGAUGUUGGAGUUGGCUGAGAGGUUAGGGUGGCGGAUUCAGAAACAUGAUGAAACGGUUGUUCAACAGUUCUGCUACGAAAAUGGGGUUAAAAGGCAUGUCUUGAAAGUUUGGAUGCAUAAUAACAAGCAUACUCUUGGUAAGAAACCCUAGAAACAGCUUCUACAUGUUUUUGAGAGAGGGCAAAAGAGCUAAAAAAAAGUUGGCUUGCUAAGUUCAAAUGUCGAGGUUUUCAUUAGAUUUUUUAGGGUUACUUUGGGGGUAAGCAGUUGGUACUUUGGUAGUGAUUAUGAUGUUGGGGAUGGAUUAUUAUUAAUAGCAUUAUUAAGUUGGGUUUUACAUUAGAUUAUCACUCAAUGUUAAUGGGUACUUAAUUUUAAUUUUAGUUCGAAUAUAUUUUCUUUUUGUUGCAUUUCAAAGCUCUCUUUUAAUGUGAAAAUGGGUUUGGAUAUUUGUGCAUUGAGGCAAAAUGGAGACAUGCAAUGCAAUGCAAUGCAAAUGGCCUGAAAAUGGAAGAGCUCUAACUGGGUUUUGGGCAAUGGGGGUUUGAGCUUUCACGAGUAAGAACUUUUUGUGUUAACUGAGACAAAACAAGCUCGAAGGGUCAAGGAUGAUUUUCCUUUGGAGACAUAAACAUUUGCUAUAAGCUUAGUUAAUUUCGUUUACGUGAGUCUUUCUGAGUUUACGAGUGAAGAAAUCCUCAGCUGCACUGACAUUGUUAUAUGUGCUUGAGAAAUUGAUAAAAAGGAAGGGAAGAGAGGGAGAGGGAGGUUGGGCUUGAGUUUGAAGUAUUAUGGAUGGCAUUGAAUGAGUGCUCUUUUCCUUUUUCCUGCUUCUUUAAACAUUGAUCCUUCGCUUCCUUCAUUCAAUAUAGAUACUCUCCAAGGCAUUUUAUUCCUGUAUUUCACUUUGCCUUCCUCCUUGCA